CAUACAUAAGAAUUGAUCGAGAAGAGUUGGUAGUUGCUGAUAGAUUUAAGCAUAGUUGACAGGUGAGCGGCGGCAGCUCACAAAUAUAAAAAACGAUGGCUUUGCCCUUAAUUGUAACAAUUAUCACCCUCGUCUGCUGCCUCAAUGGGCCUACAGCCGUCGACGGGAAGAAGGGUUUUGGGGCCGGUGAGCAGGAAUGGGGUUACGUGACCGUGCGCCCUUACGCGCAUAUGUUUUGGUGGCUUUAUUAUACAACAGCGAAAGUGUCCGAUUUUACGGAAAGACCGUUGCUUAUUUGGCUGCAAGGAGGCCCCGGAGCUUCUUCGACUGGUUACGGAAAUUUCGAAGAGUUAGGACCUCUGGAUUUGGACCUCAAACCAAGAAAUUAUUCAUGGGUCAAAGAUUACAACGUCAUCUUCAUCGACAAUCCCGUCGGCAGCGGCUUCAGUUACGCAGAAAGAAGUUCCGGAUACCCGAGAAAUAAUGCGGCAAUAGCCAGCGAUCUUCUAGUUUGCAUCAAAAAAUUUUUAACAGAUUUUCCCGCAUUCCAAAAAGUACCAACUUACAUAACUGCGGAAUCUUAUGGAGGAAAAAUGGCCGCAGAAUUCGCCUACGUCUGGUACCAGGCACAAAAGCAGGGGAAGAUUACCAGCAAUUUGAAAGGAGUGGCAAUGGGCGAUUCUUGGAUAUCACCUAUGGACUCCGUGAACACCUGGCCAACGUUUCUCCUCUCAACGGGUAUGGUAGACACCGAUGGAUACAAUAGAAUCAAAAGCUCUACAGAUGCGGUGCAACGAGCAGUGGACCAAGGAAGAUGGCAGCAAGCGACGUCAUUGUGGGGUCGCGCGGAAGGUGUCAUUUCGUCCGUCACGAAUAACAUCGACUUCUACAAUAUUCUCUACAAAGUCCAAUCUUACCGAAAAUCCGCGCAGAAAGGAUUACUUCGCAACGAUCGUGACGCCCAGCUCGAUAGACUGAUGAAUGGUCAAGUUAAAAAGGCACUCGGAUUAAGCGUCGGAUGGGGAGCUCAGAGUGGCACCAUUUUUUCGGUACUUCAAUCCGAUUUCAUGAAACCGGUGACCGCUCAAGUUGAAAAAUUGCUGAACAGCACCGACUUGAACGUCUUCGUAUUCACGGCACAGCUUGAUCUGAUCGUUGACACACUCGGCACCCUUCUUUGGGUAGAACGUCUGCAAUGGCCCAACGCAGCCAGAUGGCAUGCUUCGAGUCGAGAUCCACUGGUCGUUGAUUCCGUAAUUGAAGGUUACGUUAAAAAAUACGAUAACUUCAAGAUGUACUGGAUAAAUAGAUCAGGACAUAUGGUCCCCACCGACAAUCCCAUAGCCACGGCGGCCAUGUUGAAAGACCUUACCAGCAACGCUUAAAUCCAGAGACUUGAACGAUUGAAUAAUAAUUGGAAAACUAACACUCAAUUGAAAAAUAUAUAAGCUUGAUGGAUACUUA